AUCUGAAUUCUGCAUGUAAAAUGCUUAUUGUUAUUUGCCAUUUGUGGUUUUAUUUUACCUUAAAAUCCAAAUAGUUGUCUCUAUUUUUUGUCCCUCUCCUUACGUUCACGUAAACUGAUGUGGAUUUUUCUCUUUUCCCCCCUCUUUUCCAUUUUUUGUAUAAAAAUUUUAUUCCCUUCACUCACUUCACCUUCUUUCUCUGCUGGCCAUUAGUUUUCUCUCCUUUUUCUUUCCCAUUUUCCAUUGUUUCUCCAUUGCUUUGAUUAGAUCUCAAUUUCCUCCUUACUCUCUCACUCUUGACAAAGUUUUGGUCACGUUUCCGUCAUCUGUCUCACUUAGUUUAUAGUUAUGCUCGUCUAAUCCUCUGUUUCCUUUUGCUAUUGUCGUCAAUAGAAAAAGGCUGUUAAUAUUACUUGUAACCGUUGUUUUUGUUUUGCACCCUUUCUUCCCAAUUCUUUCACCAUUGGGUUUUCUUUGAUUCCACGAUAGGGAUCGAAGGGUUCUUUCUUCUCUGUUGGGUUACUUUGAAUCCAAGCAAAGAACAUUGCACGAAAACUCUCGGCUUCUCUUGAGUUUCUUGUUCAAGUAGUUUUCUUUUUUCUUGGUCUUACCCUCAGAAGAUCAAGAAAUAGAUUAUAGAUGGAACCCAUGAAGUCAAAGAAGAACAAAAUGCUUUCUUCGGAAAGCAAGCGCUCUGAUGACGAUGGCAGGGGAUGCCCCGAUAGCGCAGGCUUGGAAAUCAGGCCGGGGGGAAUGCUGGUGCAAAAGCGAACCGUUGAGAUGAAUCCCAGUUCUGUUUCAAUCCCCACAAUCAAGAUUAGAGUCCGUUAUGGCUCUUCGUACCACGAAAUUCUAAUCAGCUCCCAAGCAAGCUUUGGGGAGUUGAAGAAAAUGUUGGCAGAGCCAACGAAAUUGCACCAUCUGGAUCAGAAGCUAAUAUACAAAAAGAAAGAGAGGGACUCCAAAGAGUAUCUUGAUGUGGCAAGAGUUAAACACGGAUCAAGGAUGGUGCUGGUGGAGGACAUUUUGGGCAGAGAAAAAAGGUGCCUAGAGUUGCUCAGAAAUUCAAAUGCAGAGAAAUCUUCGAAAUCCAUAGCCGAAAUCAACUUGGAAGUGGACAAGCUUGCAGGCCAGGUCACAUCUUUGGAAACAACAGCUUCCGCAGGUGGGAAAGUUUCCGAGACGGAUGUGGAGAAAUUGACUGAGCUUCUAAUGAUGAAGUUGAUUAAACUGGAUGGAACUGUUGCCGACGGAGAUCUAAAAUUGCAGAGAAGAGUGCAGGUGACAAGAGUUCAGAAGUACAUAGAAAUUCUGGACAUGUUGAAGCAUCAGAACUCCAAAUCUAGCAGCAAUGGGAAUAAAAUCAAAUUGCAGCAACAAGACAGUUCAACCGGCCACAUGCCAAAGGACUCAAAACCGACACAAAAACAAAGCAUGCAUUGGAAACUAGAAAAUUCGGUACGAAAAAAUCCAGUGAUGCAGCAGCAACAAGAGAAGAAUUCUGAGUCAGUUGUUGUUACAACAAAAUGGGAAACUUUUGAUUAAAACCAAAAGGGCUAAUUAGAAGUUGUUUGAGUACGUUCUUCCUCAAAUUAGAGUCCAAAACAAUGAGAAUUGCAUUGUUAAAACAUGUAUAAUUAAAUACAUUGUUCCUGGUCUGAUUUUCCAUUUCUUACAAUUAAGUGGUAUCUCAUUUUUUUUCUCUA